GUAUGGCGUACAGAUAAACAAGAAUGAAUGAAUUGUUUUAAACAGAUAAGAGAAAACCUUACAGAAGACAAAAGGGUUUUAGGUAUUGAAAGAUUAAGCUUUCCUUUCUAUUGUUUCGGGGUUUUCGUUAUACUGAGACUUACGUGCGUCGUGCGCAGUAUCAAUGAUGAUUUCAGCGAAAUCUCCAUUGCAUUUCAAUGUCGCCACGUACCCACUUACAAAGAAGUUAUCAAUGCCUAAAACACAUCUCAGGUUUUCACCACCAACGCCCCCUGCAUACCCUGUUUUCUCAAAGCUCUCGCUUUUCUGCAUCUCUGUUCCAGAGAUUCAAUCACACCCAGAAGAAGAAAAGGACUGCACAAGAGAAAGCCAACAUGAAGAUAUCGAACAGUAUUUAGUCAGUGAAUGUGGGAUUCUUAAGUAUGAAGUACCAAAAAUCAUGAGGAAGAAUCGAGCCCUCUUCACAAGCAAUUUCACUGGAGGAACUCGACAAACACUUCAACUCCUCAGAGAUGCUGGAUUCACCCCGGACCAAGUAAGAACAAUCAUUCUGAAAAUGCCAGAUAUUUUUCAAACCCUAAAUACAGAGUUGAGGCCCAAGAUUGAGCUUCUGAAAACAUUAGACCUAGAAGACUUGGGCUAUGCUGUAUCAAGCCAACCCCGAAUCCUUACGGCUGAAUUAGAGAAAAAUUUGAGUCCUAGAAUUCAAGUACUUGUAAACCUGUUUGGGUCCAAGGCUGAUCUGUCCAAGGUUAUCAUGAAGAAUCCUAGGAUUUUGGUCUCACAUGAAAGAGAUGUCGAAGAUAAGUUCGAAUUUUUGGAAAGCAGCGGUUUGCUCAAAGAUGAAAUUAAAGUCCUUCUUGAGAAGGAUCCUGGUGUGAUAAGUGUGCCUAUGGAUCAGAUACAGAAGAAAAUAGAUUUCUUGAUUAAUACUGUUGGGAUUCAUCCUAACCUUGUUGUGAGAUAUCCUCGAUUCCUUCGCCACAGCUUAGAUCAUAAGUUAAAACCACGCUUUAAGGUAAUUGAAUACCUAAAUAAAGUGCAUCCUCGAAGGCAACCUACGGUUAGUUGGGUUUCCGUGUUUUCUUACCACGAGGAAAAAUUCAUUGGGAGGCUUAAAUUAGAAAGCACUGAGGUAGCAGAGUUGUACGAACAAUACAAGCGCGAUUCCUUUGAUGUUGCAGUCCCCAAGGAUAACCAUUUGGAUCAGGGCAGCUAACAGUUUUUGGAAGAAACUUCUUCUUAUUAUCGGACCAGAGUUUUCUUAGUGUGCAGGCCAUCAAUGAGCUCACUGCAGUUAACUGCCAACAAAUACACUGGUCGCCCCUUUAAUAAGAUUUCGCAUGAUCUAUUCUUGUUCAUGCAGUCAUUGCAAGUGGGUGCAAGGUAAUUAUCCAUAUUUAGGUAUGAUAUCACAAAUCUAGAUACAAUGAUCUCAUUUAUAUGCAAGUAGAUCUCACUGCUGCUAGUUAUAGGGAUCUUUAGUGGAGUCCUAUGUAAGCAAUUUAUUCCUCAGGCGGAACUCAACCCUUUCACAUGAGGAUCCUCUCACGCUUGCAUGAUGAGGUGUGGUUGAAAAUUUUCUUCAACAUUUAAGCAUUAUAUUUUUAAAUAUCUGUAAAUUGUCUUAGAGCGAAGGGGAUUUCUCUUAAGCUAGGAACAAUGCUUUUGUGUGCUUACUGAUAUGGCAAUAUACUCUCUUCCUCAGCAUACUUGCCAAAAUUAUUUUAUUACUGAAGACAAACUAUUUGAAGGGCUAUUAAAGAGAGGACGGAGCUUAAGUAUAUUGUUGUAGAUGCACAUAAUGAUAGAAUUGACAAAUUGCCAUUGGACAUUUGAGAAUGGCUUGGUUUCAUGUUGAGAUGCUAGAUGUCAACAAGCUAUAAAUGCAAUCUGAGUGGGCCAUUAUUUCCAGGUGAUCAGAUGUUUUGACAUCAUGGAUUCUGACUAAGUAGUGCACUUGAGGGCAUCAGUGGGUGAUUUUUUCUUUGAUGACUGGUCAAAUGAUUUGGUCGAGUGAGUUCAAAAAGGAUUACAGUGUAUGUUCAUUUCCACAUCCAGCUGGUAAUUGCUUAUCGCAUCCACCUGGUAAAUGCUUAUAUUGUUGAAUGAUGUAGGAUUAAUAAUCUAAAAUGAGUUUGAUUUCCAACAAUCCACAACUUGUCGCAGCCCCUCUAGGCUGUCAAGCUUGAUUGGAACACUCUGUUUACAAUGAUAUAUCUGAUUUUUAGCAUCAA